AUGAUAAGGAAGAGACAACACUCUCUCAGGUGCAGCAAAUGCCUCAGUUAUGGACUUCCUCCUCCUAGCGUGUAUGAUAUUGAGUUGAGAGGUUUGACAAUCAUCAAGAAUCUGGAAAAGCAAGAGGGUUCUAGAUGCCACAAGGGUGUUGGGAUGAUAACAAGGUCUGUUGCAAGUAAAACCAAAGGCAGCCAAGCACAUGAUUUUGGAAAGAAAUAUGGGAAGGGUCCAAUUGAUGACACUGUGAAUGGCAGUGGU